UUUUUUUUCGUGGAGUGGCCAGACGGGCUGGGGGAGACGGGAUGGCAGUGCUAAUAGGAGUAUCUAACGGGACAUGCAGACCGACACAUUUCUACUGAUAAUUUAAGUUGCGUGUGUGCCACUGGGACAGUCCUGGUGUGAGGCCUCACCAUGCCACUGGUGAAGAGGAACAUUGAGCCACGCCACCUCUGCCGGGGCGCGCUCCCGGAGGGCAUCGGCAGUGAGCUUGAAUGUGUGAUGAACAAUACCCUGUCCGCCAUCAUUCGUCAGCUCAGUAGUCUCAGUAAACAUGCGGAGGACAUAUUUGGUGAACUGUUUAAUGAGGCCAACAACUUCUACCUACGUGCCAACUCACUCCAGGACCGUAUCGACCGGCUGGCUGUCAAGGUUACACAGCUGGACUCUACCGUAGAAGAAGUUUCCUUGCAAGAUAUCAACAUGAGGAAAGCCUUCAAGAGCUCCACCACUCAGGACCAGCAGGUGGUGUCCAAGAGCAGCAUACCCAACCCAGUUACUGACAUGUUUAAUCUGAGUGACAAGCCUCCUCCUCUCAGCAUCCUCUCACCAUACAGGGAUGACAAGAAGGAUGCCCUUAAGUUUUACACAGAUCCUUCCUACUUCUUUGAUCUCUGGAAGGAAAAAAUGCUGCAGGACACAGAGGACAAGAGGAAAGAGAAGAGGAAGCAAAAGGAGCAGAGACGUUGUGUGGAUGGCACAUUACAGAGAGAGGUCAAGAAGGUCCGCAAAGCAAGAAACCGCCGUCAGGAGUGGAAUAUGAUGGCUUUGGAUAAAGAGCUGAGGCCCGAUCAUCGACACACAAUACACAGAGACAGAGCCACCUCCUCUGAAGGCUCCAUGUCUCCAGAAAACAGGGUUCAUGGUUUUGAGCAGCAUCAGUAUCCUAAUGCCAUGAACCAUGCUGGGCACGCGCACACUUACUCUGGCCCACCACCCAGUGUCCUCGCCGCUCAGAUGGCAGCAGGGCACAUCCCUAAAGGGGUGGAGCUGGAGGGCAGAGGUCGGGCCAUGGCCUAUCAGAGCGGGACACUGGGGCGCACACACCACCAGGUACCACUGCCCCCUCCACCAACUGAAGCUAUGAACGGAGGCUCCAUGUCGCUCCCGCCAGUAGACUACAGUAUGGAUGGGUAUGCCAACACUCCUCCUCCCCCUCCUCCUGCCCCACUCAUUCCUUCAGCUCAAACUGCCUUCGCCUCUCCUCCUGGAGGUCCCAUGUCUCCAGGACCAAUGGGUGCUGCUGGGAGCUAUGCUCCACCUCCACCCCCUUUGUCUGGAGCACAGGCUGCCCCACCUCCCCCUGGCCCUCCUCCACCUCCCACCCCUGCUGGUGCCCCCCACUCCACGACACGCAAAAUGUCCUCAUCUGCACCUGCUGAGAGCGCAGUUGUCAGUGAUGCCCGGAGUGACCUACUGGCUGCCAUACGCAUGGGUAUCCAGCUGAAGAAGGUGCAGGAGCAGCAGGAGCAGCAGGCAAAGAGGGAACCAGUUGGAAAUGAUGUUGCCACGAUCCUGUCACGACGCAUUGCUGUGGAAUACUCUGACUCAGAGGACGACUCGGAGUUAGAGGAGAAUGACUGGUCUGAUUAACACUAAACACAGUACAAACUGAUAGUUUAACCACUCAGUGUAUACACAUAAUUGAAGACACAUGUUGAAGCAAUGCCCACUGAAUCACAAUCACAGUUACUCACAUAUUGUACUGUUCUUUAACAUAAGCUAACCAUGUAAUAAGAACUGGAAAUCAUACUAAAUCAAAUAUUUAAAAAAUUAUAAUCCUGACAACUGAGCAAUGUGAAUGCAUCCCAGAUCUCUACCUGUUGAAACACUAUAGACACCCUGUAGAAGAAGCUUAUCUCAUAUAUUCAGAGAUGCUGGAAAUUUUCCUCUUAAACUAACCAGUGUAAUUGUAUUUUUAUUGUGUUUUUUUUUUUUUUUUUUACUGAAACAGUUGUUUAAGCCAUAGAUCAGGAGGUAAGUUUUUAACAUGUAGCCUACAUGAAAGUAACUGGAAGCAACUAAGUACUAGCAGAAUGUUCUGUAUAAAAUGCUGUGAUGAAGUCAAAGAGAUAUUUAAACUUAUU